UCGCAAAGCAUCUACUUGCACUCGAACAACUUCAGAUCUUCACUUCAAUAUCACACCCUCAAACCAUCAUGUCGAAGCUCGUCGUCGUCGUUGGCGCCACCGGCACCCAGGGAGGCUCAGUGGUUGACGCCCUGCUCGCCGACCCUUCGAGUUACCGCGUCCGCGGCAUAACCCGCAACCCGCAAAGCGACAACGCCAAAGCCCUCGCAGCAAAGGGCGCUGAAAUCGUCACCGCCGACUUGAACGACGAAUCCAGCCUCGUCGCAGCCUUCGCGGGAGCGCACGUCAUCUUCGCCGUGACGGAUUUCUUCGAGCCCGCGAUGAAGGCAGGCAUUGAAGAGGGGAAGAAGGUCGAGUUCGCGCAAGCGACGAAUAUGAUCAAGGCGGCGAAGAAGACGCCAACUCUCGAGCAGUAUAUCUGGAGCACGCUGCCGAAUGCGAAUGCGCUGUCAAGGGGGAAAUACAGCGUGCCGUUUUUCGAUAACAAGUCGGCGGUCGAUGACUAUAUCCGGCGGGAUGAGGAGUUUCUGGCCAAGACGACUUUCCUCUACCUCACGUAUUUCUCGACGAACGUCUUCUAUCCGGUGUUUUUGCCGAUUCAUGUGAAAUCCGCCAACAAAUACAUCCAAACCCUCCCCGCGCCCCCCGACACCCCAAUCUCCUCGCUCAGUAACGCGCGCCACAACGUCGGCGUGUUUGUCAGGGGACUCAUCAAGAACCGACCAGCCGGCGGAAGCUACGUCUUCGGUAGUGUCGAGGACACGACGCUGCAGGAGUACCUCGCGACAUGGGGCAAAGCCACCGGGAUCUCGGCCGCCGAGGGUUCUACGGAGGUUGUGCAGAUUUCGCUAGAUAAGUACAAGACUAUCUGGCCUGGGUAUGGAGAUCUCAUGGGUGAGAUGAUUGCGUUUUGGGGCGAGUUGCGAGAAAGGAGCUGGGAAACACCGCUUGGGAAGAGGCCUGUUAAGGUGCAGGAUUUCCUUGGCGAGGAGGAGAAGAAGGAGGUUGUAAGCACCUUUGAUGCUUUUGCAGCUGCAAAAGAGGCUUUCAAGAGUGCGCUCUAGAAGACACCCGGGACGAUAGAUGGGGGCUGAGGUCCUAGUGGAGGAGUCAAGUGGAGGAAUCGGAG